CGAACCGGCCCCGGAGCGGCCCCGGAGCGGCACCGGAGCGGCCCCGGAGCGGCCCCGAGCCCGGGCUGCCCCCGCGCCGCCCCCGCGCACUCCGGCACCGGGGCGGGCCGGGAGCUCCCGGCAGGUUCCGACCCGGCCUCGGCGCGGGGAUGCUGCGGGCAUGAGGAGGUGCUGCCCGGCCCUGGGGCUGUCAUGCCUCCCUAAGGCCGGGCCCAUGGCUGCCGCGCGGCCGCCGCCGUUCCUGUUGGUGUUUGACUUUGACGAGACCAUCGUGGCGGAGAACAGCGACGAGUCGGUGGCGCGGGGCCGGGCGCUGCCCGAGGCGCUGCGGCAGAGCCCUCGAGGGGGAUCCUACAACGAGCACAUGCGGCGGGUGCUGGCCUUCCUGGGCGAGCAGGGCCUGCGCCCCGCCGAGCUGCGCGCGCUCUACGAGAGCAUCCCGCUGGCCCCCGGCGUGGCCGAGCUCCUCCAGUUCCUGUCCAAGCACCGCCCGCGCUUCGAGCUGGUGCUCAUCUCCGACGCCAACACCUUCGGCGUCGAGGCCAAGCUGCGGGUGGCCGGCGCCUGGUCGCUCUUCCGAAAGGUCUUCAGCAACCCGGCCGGCUUCGACAGCCAUGGCAUCCUCACGCUGGGGCCCUACCACAGCCACCGGUGCCCGCGCUGCCCGCCCAACAUGUGCAAGGGCAAGAUCCUCGGCGAGUACCUGGCGGAGCGGGCGCGCGAGGGCGCGGAGUUCCGGAGGGUUCUGUACGUGGGCGACGGCGCCAACGACUUCUGCCCCGCCGGGACCCUGCGGGCGGCGGACGUGGCCUUCCCCAGGAAGGGCUUCCCCAUGCACCGGCUGAUCCAGGAGAGCCAGGAGAAGCAGCCCGGCGCUUUCCGGGCCGCCGUGGUGCCCUGGGAGUCGGCGGUGGAGGUGGUGCGGUACCUGCAGGAGCUGCUCCGCGGGGAGUGCUGAGGGGGUGAUGGCUCAGCCACGCUCCCGGGGCGCUUCUGCCCUGCUCAGCUCCGCUCCCGGGGCGCUCUCUGCCCUGCCCGGCUCAUUCCUGGCCACCAAAGCACCUUCUGCUGGCCCCUGGCCCAGCCCGGCUCCGCUCCCGGGGCGCUCUCUGCCCUGCCCGGCUCAUUCCUGGCCACCGAGCACGUUCUGCUGGCCCCUGGCCCUGCCCGGCUCUGUUCUUGGCCACGGAAGCAUUUUCUGCUGGCCCCUGGCCCAGCCCGGCUCCGC